UGUUUACUUCAAAAUUAUCAACUUUCAAGCCCAUACAAUUUUUUCCUAAUAUUUUUAAACGCGACAUAGUCAAUAUCAAAAAAAGAAAAAUGACUUGGGAAGACGAGAAACAGAAAUAUUCAAAGAUGAGCGUCGACGAAAAGCGUCAGAUUUACAAAUCUUACGUGAAAUUGGACGAUAUUCCAACUUGGAAACAGUUCGCCGAUAACAAAAAACUUUUACCAAAAAUAGAAAUGUUACCCAAUUGCGAAAUUGAUAAUACGAAAAAUUCAACUUUAGCCGAUAAGAUAUCUUAUUUUAGCGGCGAUAUUACUCAUUUGGAGAUCGAUGCUGUAGUAAAUGCAGCUAAUUCAAGCCUUUUGGGUGGCGGUGGAGUAGAUGGGGCUAUCCACAGAGCAGCAGGAGGUACUCUUAAAGAAGAAUGUAAAACUUUAGGUGGAUGUCCCACAGGUGAAGCUAAAAUUACUGGAGGUUAUAAGUUACCAGCCAAACAUGUGAUACACACUGUGGGGCCUCAAGGUGAAAAAACUGACUUGCUGAAGAAUUGCUACAAGAAUAGCUUGAAGUUAAUGUUAGAUAACAAACUAAGAUCUAUAGCAUUUCCCUGUAUUUCAACAGGAAUAUAUGGGUAUCCCAAUUUGCCUGCAGCUCAUGUAGCUGCGUACACAGUCCGUAAACAUUUAGAGGCCAACGCAGGCGCUGUGGACAGGGUAAUUUUCUGUUUAUUUAUGGAUGAAGAUAAGAAGAUUUAUGAAGGAUUGUUGCAAAGUUAUUUCCCUUUGAAUUAGGAUUGUUGUAUAGUUGUUUUUUAAUAUAGGGUUAUUUAUUUUAAUUUGCUGACAGGUACUAGAAAAACACUUAAUAAACGUUUAAACUUCAAAAUUGUUAAGUCAAAACAAAAAAAAUGUUACACCUGUAUACCUAGUAUUUUUCUCAUGUUGAAUUUGAUACAAGUGGAUAUUUAAUCUGCCUUUGCUAUUAUCAAUUGGUUCUUAUAUAGUUGGAAUUGAAUUUUAUAUAAAUUUGUAAUAAAUUGUUUAACCCCUUGAAUAUA